GUUCAUAGAAAGGAAUUUGCUUUUGUCAACUUUAUGACUGUUUGGAAAAUGUAGCAACGUUUGCACCUCACUUUACAAGGCACUGUUGUCUAUUGCUUGGAAGAUCUAAAGGAACCUUUCAUUCACGGAAACAUGGCUUGGACGUCAGCGAAGUGGUCUUUUAAUUUUGGUAUCGUGCUUCUAUGCUUCAUUGCUGGAUCUGCAACCCAGCAUGCGGAUGAAGCAAGACUCAUUGCGUUGUUGAAGUCGAAGGCUGCCGCCAUAGCAAGGCCAUCAAAUUCAAGCUACGAUCCCGUUCGGGUUGAAUUCGAUCUAAAGCUGCUUAAAAUCAAGAAGCUGAGCAUAACUGACGAAGUUUUAGUGACUCAUACUUCGAUUGUCAUGCGAUGGACCGAUCAUCGUCUGAAAUGGAAUCCAAAGAACUUCAAUGGUGUUGAUUUGAUUAAUCUUGCAAAUGGAGAUAUAUGGACUCCUGAUGUUCUUCUUUACAAUACGGCUGAUGAUAGCUCCAAAGCUCCAUCUGAUAUCUAUCGUACGCCUGUGCAUGUAUACAGCAAUGGAACUCUGGUCUGGUUUUCAACUGUAGUGUGGAAGAGCUCCUGUGCAAUAAAUAUUGUAUGGUUUCCAAUAGAUGAACAGCACUGUCGUUUGAUAUUCGCUUCUAAAUCAUAUACAAAACGUCGUUUGCAGCUCGCUUUACAACAUCCUUCAAUUCUAGAAGGCAAAGAAAUUACCCAUGGUGAAUGGAGCAUUGAAAAGAUGUCAGCAGAAACGAGCGAACACAAAAGUGGUUGUUGCGACUACUCCUUUUCACAAGUCGUUUACAGAAUCGAGUUAAAGCGAAAGCCACUUUAUUUUCUCCUUUACCUCAUCUUACCAAUGAUGGCUGUCGUUUUCCUGUCAAUUUUGAUUUUCCAGAUACCGGCAGAAACAGGAGAGAGGGUAGGCUUUGCAGUGACAAUUUUGCUAACAAUGGGCGUGUAUUUGAUGGUGAUAUCACAGGAUCUACCCAGGAAAGGGGACAGUGCUCCCUUGGUUGGAGUUCUGUAUGUUAUUUUGUUUUAUGUUGUGACCUUUGGUUGUGUAACUGGAAUCAUAACCACAAGCAUUGCAUACAAAUUCACCAAGCCUCCAAGUUGGUUACGCAGCCUCGCUCUCAGGAUCACAAGCAACAAAUCAAGCAAGCUUGGCGUCUUUGACACCGAUUCAGUUAGAAAAUCCUCAAAAGAAAUUGUGAACAUAGAAUUAGAAGACAUCAAAGACGGUGAUGAGGAAAACGGCAAAUGUAUCAAUGAUUUAGACAAUCGCAAUGUUCAUAGAAGAGAGGCUAAGAAACCUGUAAAAGAGGCUCCUUCGAAUGCGCACACACAGGAAGAGUGUGAUCAUAAGAAGCAAUGGGAAGUGAUUGGUUACUACAUUGACCGAAUAUUUUUUUGGUUCUACAUCUUUCUUGUUUUUGGUGCAUCAUUCGCAGUUUUUUCUUAUUUCAGGAAAUGAGGUUUAUAAAUAACAAUGAUUUUUACUUUAGAAUGUUUUUCUAUUAUCUGAUUGAAUCAUAACACUUUACUAAACGCAAAGUUUAUCCAGUUGACUUUUCUUUAUAUCGUAAUUGAUUAAGGUCUCCUCAUCCUAUCUCAAAUUAUGUUUCUAUGCCUUUCCAGUAAACGUUUUCCAACCUUGCAUUGAUCGUGACAAAAUUCUGAUCUUGACCAAAGAAUCUCGAAGCAUUUCAAUUUUGCACAAAACGAUCCUGCUUUCGCAUUUCUAAUCAAUGACUAGUAUAAUGAACAUAUCCUAAUUGCUUUAGAUUAACUCACCUCGUCAUAACACAUUCGUUAUUCGUAUUUACGUUCCUCACUCUAAGCAAAAUGGAACAGUGGUUAUCAGACAAGUAUUAGAAGUACGCCAGAGUGAUUAAUCACUUUUCAAGGAAGCAUUUUCUAGUUACAGGAUGUCCUUGUGGAGAUUGACUUCAUAGCAGAUAUGCUAAUGUACAGUAUCUGUGCUACAUUUAUUUUAAAGAUUGAAACUAAUGCUUGUUUGAUAUUUCAAAGCCAUCAUUCGGCUGUCGUCCAUUUUGUGGAACCAGCCGUCCAUUUUGUCCAUGUAAUAUGUCUUAGUUUGUUCAAUCGAAUGUUGCUUAACUCCAAUGCCUUAAAACCAUUUUAGCUACGAGCAUAGUUGUCUGAGGGUAUAAUGCUACCAAAGAUCAGGGGGGGGGGAGGGGGCUUACGUAAAAAUUAUAUAAAAAAAAAUUUCAAUGAAUAUAUAUUGGUCAGUUUCCGGCAUUAUCAAAUGAGGCUCGGCCCCAAAGCCCUUUAGCACUAUAUCAAUGCAGUUGAAUCUCUUUGUAGUUUUCUGAUUAAACAGCAAUAACUGAGUUCAGUAUUUUUCUGUAAGCUUACUUUGCUUAAUGCUAAGUCCUCGAGUUUGUUUUGUAAUGUCAUGCAUUUUUCGUUUUCAAUCUCAUUUUUUGCGUAAUUCGAAUUAUUACAAACAGAUAUUAGUUCAGAACAUUUAUUCGAAUAUUGGAUAUUUUGUACUCCAUAAAUAUAUUUUUUUGAGCUUCAUGUAGUGUGAUGAUGCUGAAGUUGUUUUGAUGAAAUUUGAGUUUUUCUCUUUUACUGUCUCUCUGACAGGUUGCUACGAUGGUCGAAACUAUAAUAAAACUUUUACCAAAACUUUUAUAAAAAAUAGCAAAAAAUAAAACUUUUACCUUCUUUUAACUAUUUAAAAGAGUAAACUCCCUAACUAUGCAGUAUUUUCCAUUAUCCGUAGUCUCAAAUUG